CGCCGCUACCACUGCGCAACACAACACAACCCACUUCUCAAUCCCAGUCUUCCCCAAAAACGCAAAACCCAUCAUCGCCACCUUCGUCAUCGUAGACGUCCUCCGUCUUCUCCACCGCCAUGGAAGAGAAAGAGAAGACCAAAAGCAAGAACAAGAAGCAGAAGCACCAACACCCCAACGACCAAUCCUCUAAAUCCUCCUCCGAUUUCUCCUUCAAGCCCUGCUCCGACGUCAAGGGCCUCCGAUUCGGCGGCCAAUUCAUCGUCAAAUCCUUCACCGUCCGGCGAGCCAGACCCUCGAGCUCCUCAAACUCUCUCUCUACCCACCCGACCCGAAAGACCGCCAUCACAACGAUCAAGCUUCUUCCCUUCCCUUCCACCACCGCUUACUUGCCCACUAACUUCACCAUCCUCGCCCACCAAGCUUGGAACAACCUCACGCUCGGCCUCGGCACCAAAAAAUCCAAAGUGCUUCUCUUCGUCUUCGAUUCUGUAACCAUGAAGGCCGCCGUGGAUCGGACCUGGCCCUCCGAGAUCCCUCUCGGUGAUGUAAACAAGAAGCUCAUUCGAGGCCUUUCCGGUUGCGAGAUGGCCAGGUUUAAGUUCAGAAAAGGAUGUGUUACUUUCUAUGUCUACGCCGUUCGCCGUAUCGGAAGCUUCGGAUUCUCCUCGUCGGAAGAUCUCCGAACGAUUCUGCAAUCCGUUGUUGCUCUUAAGGAUUUCUUGGAUCAUACUGCCAUGCUCGCCAUGCCUCAUCAGAGAACCAUUCGUUAUCAAGACGCCGUAGCCAUGGCUCACUAGCUUCCGCCAUCAUCGUCUUCCUCUUCCUCCUCCUCACCGCUCUACUGUUAGCCUUUUCUUGCGUAGCUUUUUUUCACCAAAAUCAUAUUUCGUUCCCAUCAAUAGGUAAAUUUGUCAAGUUGGUCCCCAUGAAUCAUUUUUUCAUUUUAGUCCUUCAAUUGUUAAGAUUUUGCAAUAUAAUACCCUUUCCUCAUAUAGUCUUGAAUCAAAUCUAACCGUUCUCUUGACUUAAUGUGGGUUGUUCAUCUAGAAUGAUAAAUUCACAUAUCAAAUUCAACAUUGAACUUGUGACUAGUGCUUUGGUUAGAUUUGGUGUUAAAACGACAUUGUUUGACUUGAAUGUUGUGUGUUCAUUUGGUUAUAUGCUAAUUUACACCUUAAAAAUUUAACAUUCAAGUCAACGUAAUAUUAUAUUUAAUUGAAAAUUUGGAUCAAGAGAUGAUGAAAGGGGUGACAUUGCAAGUAUUUAUUGAUACAAGGAUUAAAUGAAAGAAAUGAUAUGUAUGGAGGACCAAAUGAGAAGUUUAUCUGUUUGCAAGGGAUUAAUAUUUUUUUUUUUGGAGAGGCUGAUUACUAAUUAUUGAUUGAUUUGUUGGUGAUUUUGCUUGAUGUGUAUUAAUUCUUUGUUUUUACCUUUUUUUGUUGUUGGAAUAUUUGUAAUUUGUAAUUUGAGUAUAUGAAUAAUAAUGGGACAUCAUAGCACAACUCAUUCGGGUUGCCUCUG